CCUAACUCAAAUAAAUUUGAAAAUAGAGAGCCAACAGGAAAUCAAGGAGUGGAGAAGAAUUUGUGUGAAGAUGAAUCGAUUUUGCGGGAUCAUGAACCCAAAGGCAAUCAAUCAGUUGAGAAUCCGUAUGAAGAUAAACCUGAAGUGGUGUAUCGUGAUAGCAGUGAAACUUACAAUGAUAUCACUGAUAUAUCAAAGCAAGUAAGGGAAGAUUCUUUUAAGAUAAUAAAUGAGUAUCGUAAACCCAAAGAAAACCCAUGUAAAGAUGAACCUAUGUUGCACGAUCGUGAACCAAAAAAAACUCAAACAGUCGAUAAGUACCCGUGUGAAGAUAAUGCAAUUUUGCGGGAUCAUAAUUCCAAUUCCAAUUUUCAAGACGAAAAAAUUAAGCUUUUAGUUGAAUUGCCUAACUCGAAUAAAACUGAAAAUAGGGAGCCCUACGCUCAUCAAGAAUUGAAAAUGAAUCUGAGUGAAGAUGAAUCGAUAUGGCAGGAUCGUGAACCCGAAUCCAAGGGCAAUCAAGGAGUUGAGAAUCCGUGUGCAGAUAAUGCUGAUUAUUGGAAUAUCAUUAAAAUGAAUGAAAUCAACAGCAUGAAUGAUCUUCGAAGGGAUAUAAGGGACAUUUUUCUUAAAUUCCAUAGAACAACUGAAUAUUGUUAUGUCAAAGGAAACCAAGGAGUAGAUAAGAAUCCGUUUGAAGAUGAACCUAUAUUGCAGGAUCGUGAACCCGAAUCCAAGGGCAAUCAAGGAGUAUACAAUCCGUGUGAAGAUAAACCGAAAUUGGGGUAUGGUUAUGUCAUUGAGAAUAAAACAGUCAACUACAGUAAGAUCAAUGAUCUUCGAACGGAAAUAAAAGAUCUUUUAGCUAAGUUUCCUAGCUUAAAAAAAACUGAAUAUAGUGCACCCCAAGAAAACCUAGAAGAGAAUAAUUCGUGUGAAAAGAAAACGGGUGGAAGAACGUUCCCAAACUCUGUAAAAGCUGAAAACAGUGAUCACAAUGGCAAACAAGAAGGCUUUUUAAAUUCGAAAGUUAUUAAUGUUAAUGUUUACCGUGAGACACUUCAUGAAACACUUAAUGAGACACUAAAUGAAACACUUAAUGAGACAAUUAAUGAGACUAUUAAUGAAACUCUCAAUACGACUGGAAAUGAGACAGUCUACUAUGAUGCCAAAGAAUGCCAAGACACAGAUUCUAGAGAGGAUACCGAUAUCAUGCAAACUAUUUCUCUAUUAAAAAAUGUUCAUAUUAGCUGUUAAAUUGUACUUAAACUUUUGAU